AUGGCGAAAAUUCCCUAUGCCUCUGCAGUUGGAAGUCUAAUGUAUGCAAUGUUAUGCACUAGACCUGACAUCUGUUAUGUUGUUGGAAUCGUGAGCAGGUAUCAGUCUAAUCCAGGACAUGAACAUUGGAAUGCAGUUAAGUAUAUUCUGAAAUACUUGAAGAGUAUAAGGAAUCUUGUGUUAGUCUACAAGGGUGGUGCUUUAAAUCCCAUAGGCUACACUGAUUCAGAUUUCCAGGCAAGUCUCGAAGACAGGAAAUCUACAUCUGGGAUGGUGUUUACUCUUGGGGGUGGAGCAGUGGUUUGGAGAAGUGCUAAGCAAACCACAAUAUCGGACUCAACUAUGGAAGUUGAAUACAUAGCAGCAGCCGAAGUUGCUAAAGAACUUGUCUGGCUAAGAAAGUUCUUCACUAGCAUAAGUGUUGUUCCUGGAAUGGAAAAGCCUCUGGUUUUACUUUGUGAUAACAAUGGAGCAAUAGAAAACAGUAAGGAACCUCGAAGCCACAAGAGAAGCAAACACAUUGAAAGGAAGUAUCACAUUAUCAGAGAAUACGUGGCAAGAGGGGAUGUACUAGUUGAGAAAGUUGACACAGAGGACAACCUAGCUGAUCCAUUUACCAAAGUCCUGGCCGUGACAGCCUUUAAAAAGCACUGUCAGAAUUUAGGAUUAAUUGAUAUGACCUAAUUAGUUUUAUAUUAGUGCAAGUGGGAGUUUGUUAGGUUUUAUGCCCUAAAUAAAACUCCAUUUCAAUGUAAUCUAUUUUAUUCAACAUCAAUAAAGAAACAGAAGUAUUUUUCAUUCAUUUGUGUAUGUUUUGGUUCACAUUAUCAAUUGCUUGUCUAUUUGAUUUAUAAAUUCAUCUUAAACCCUUUUCACAUACUUGAUCAUGUUUAUUGUGCUGUCAUCACAUUGGAAAGUAAACAUGACUAUGUGAAUAAAGUUUCCUAGAUUUAUCAGACAUAGGGUUUUACUGAUAUGAUAAUCUACAACAAGAGUUUACUUGCAUUUGGAGAAAUACUAUCUUCUUUCCAGAACAUUGGUUAAAGUAAAGCUCAGGUUGGAUGCAUGGAGUAUGCAUCGGAAGGGACCGAUAUUGAACUUUGACUUAGAUUUAA